AUGCACUCGAUCGAAGUCUUGGCUCUGUUCUUGGCCUUGACUCGGUUACGCGGAUCAUUUCCCAGUCUUUGGGGCAGUGGCAUGCUGUUCAACUUUACAAUUUACAUCAAUGAUGAUGACAAAAAGCUGGCUCAAGUUAUUGCACAAGAAGUCAUGUCAAUGAUCAAGCUGCAGCGCACUCGGCAAGUCCAGCACCCGGUACAACAAGACUUGGCGAAGUUCUAUGUGUUGGCCAAUGUCUCGGAAAUUUUGAGACAGCCAUUUGAUAGAUAG